UUUAAUUUCUAUAUACAUUGGUAGCACUAUUUUCCUUCCUUUCUUUCUUUCCUUGCCUGAAAGACGUCAACUAAAGUUGAGUUUUUGGGAAAAAUAAUUUUUUUUUUAAUAAAUCAAGAUGCCCCGUGAAAUAAAAGAAGUCAAAGAUUUUUUGAUAAAGGCUCGCAGGAAAGAUGCGCGUGCUGUAAAAAUUAAGAAAAAUCCAAAUAACACAAAAUUCAAAAUUCGUUGCUCACGAUUUUUGUAUACCUUAGUUGUAUUUGACAAAGAGAAGGCAGAGAAACUAAAACAAUCAUUACCACCAGGUUUACAAGUAAAGGAAGUUAAAUAAAAUGAAACUAGUUUAGGAUUUCAGCUCAAUUCCAACAUGUAAAAAACGAGCAACCAGAAAUAAAAUCUUGAAAAACA